AUGCCCUCAUUAAAUUCAUUAAAAAGGAUCGCAUUUUACGGUGGUAUUGCAAGCUUAGGUGCAAAUUUAUCUAAAGGUGGAUACUUUAAGAAAUCCUUAGCAUUAUUACACGAUGACAAGCGUGCAAUGGAAAUACUUGGAGGUCCACCCAUAUCCGUCGGCUAUAUACAUUUACUAGAUUUGUUUAAUUACAUUGAUGGAAAGAAAGCUCAGCUGUCAAUUCCAGUCACUGGUCGCGACAAUUCCGGAAAAUUGAUCGCGAGAGCUAGCAGAGAAUCAAUUGCAGAAGGGUGGAUCAUCGAUUCUCUAAUUGUUGAUAUAGAUCAGAAGGAGUCGAUCACUAUUGUAGAAGGACCAACAGUAAAUUACCGUAAAUUAGCAAGUAGUUGA